CAAUGUGAUCGCAACACUGACAGCCUCCACGAGGCAUCGCCAUCAACAUCAGACACAUUACGUGCAUCGUAGCAAAAGACAAUGAGUGGCCUGGGUCUAUCACACGUCUUCCCUUUCCAGAGCGAGCCAACUUCGCCGCAGCUAGAGCCGCAGCUAGAGCCGCAGCAAGAGCCGCGGAAGGAGCCAGAGCAGGAGAUAGGGCAGUCUCCAAAUGCUUCUAGGCUGGGAACUGAGGGCCUCGCGCAUGUCUUCCCAUGGCUGACGCCGCCCAUGGGCCAGGGCGGGCUGCAAGUGUUUGAGCCUCUGGAGAUCGGGGAUCUCGACACGACGCCUAGUGACGACUCUUAUAGUGACGAGUACGAGUCUCAGCAGCAGCAGCAGCAGCAGCCAGAGACUCGGCCGUCUGAAGACCAUGACAAUGCUGCUUCGGGGUCUCCCCCAAGGUCUUUGGGCCAUGUCUUCCCGCAUCUCAGUGUUUCGACAACACAGGCGCCAGUAGAUCCGCAGAUGGUACUCGAGACGGAGCCUUCCCAGGUGUCGGACGUGUCUGUAGAUGAACUGGAAGCUGUUUUCGUUACACCUGAACCAAUUUCUGAGCCUCUUCCCAGCAUUGAAGACGUGUUGUCAUCGGCUUCUACUUCGCCGAUAAGCUUGGACGGGAGGUUUCCGCCAUCCGAAUCCCUAGAGGAUCCGCAGUCUCCAGUGGCAUCUCGUGCUCGUCGUUCUGAACGCUCUCCUGCGCCGUCCCCCGAACGGCACCCUCAUACCUCUUCUUCAUCACGGCCCGUGACACCGCAACACAAGUGGGGGACCGAGAAGGGCGCAUCUAAAGCUGCACCCAUCCCGAUCUCUCAUGUUGGCAAUCGGUACCUGCUCUACAACACCGAUGACAUCUCGUACAUCCGCCGCCAACACCACAUCACUGGCGUUCUGAUCGGCACGCUCCCCAGUCACCCGCAACAAAAUAUUUUCCUGGGCACACCGCUGGAGCUGAUGCCAGAGGAGGCACGGUUGCUCGUUGAGAAAGAUGCCGCAUACAUUGUCGACGACGCAGCAGCGCACAGCGCGAGCCUGCUCGGUGGAGGCUUGGGCGCCGCGGAGCGCAAGGCUUUCCUGCGCGCGAUGAAGAAGCAGGGUGUCGAUGCCAUGAAGGCAAACCAGAAGAAGUCGGACACUCUCAAGGAGCAAGCGCUCAAGAAGAACGCGGACAAGAUCGCGCAGGCGCGCGCGGCGAAGCAGAAAGCGCGCGAGCAGCAGAAGCAACAGCAGAGUGACACCGCCAGCGCGCACGACUCGCUGUUCGACUCUGGUGCUCCUGCUCCGCCGCCCUCUUCUCACGCCGGUACACCCACGACGAUCGAAGAGCGCUGGUACAUCACGCCGACGACUUCACAUCCGCCCCUCCUGCCCACGCCACCUCCCUCUCCUCCCAACACCACUGCCGUCGCCACGACCUCGCGCUCCAAUCUCCCUCCCGUUCCGGCUUCCUAUCCCCUCUUCGCGCACCUACAUUCCCGCGGCUACUACCUCUCCCCCGGCCUGCGCUUCGGCUGCCAGUACUGCGCAUACCCGGGCGACCCGCUUCGCUUCCACAGCCACUUCCUGGCGGUGGGGAUGGGCUGGAACGAGGAGUUUGACUUGAUGCGCUUGGUGGGAGGAGGACGGUUGGGUACAGGUGUCAAGAAGGGGUUUUUAAUUGGGGGGAAGGUUGAGGGUGAUGAUGGGGAGGGUGAGAAUGAGGGUGAAGUGAGGGCAUUUAGCAUUGAGUGGAGUGGAAUGUAGGGGGUGUGGGUGGAUUGGGUUGCUGUGUUGCGAUUGGCAACAAUCUGUACGAUUGAAUGUGUACGCAUUCCUACGAAUGAAAAGAAACUCUGC